GACGAAACCAGGCCAGGCCCUUUUCUGAUUGAUUGAUUUGCAAAAAAAAGUCACGGCUGUACUUUGGGCCCUGGAAAACGCGACACAGCGCAACUGCAGCGCGUCACCUCACCACCAACAUUUUGGAUCCGUCACCAUCGCCAUCACCGUCGCCACCCAAUCAUCUCCCACCACAACCACCACCGCGCCGUCCAUCACCACCCCAUUCCGGCGUCCAACCCGCACCUCCAGCGUCGCGAAUACCUUCCGCCAACAGCUGCGACCGACCGACUUCACCCUCCGUCGACCCCCGUUGCCCAUGCGGCUCGCCCCGCCCCGGCCGCCGCUCUCUCGUCCUCGCCCUCGCCCUCGCCAUGCAUCUCAUCAAGCCCUCAUGGCUAAGCCACAGCGGCGAGCAGAAGGACUUUGAAGUCUAUAGCUGCCACGUCUCUCCCGAUGGCAAGCGUCUCGCGACCGCUGGCGGCGACGGCCACGUCCGCAUCUGGUCCACCGAGUCCAUCUACAACGCCAACUCGCCCGACUACAACAAGCCGCGACAGCUCUGCCACAUGAGCCACCAUCUCGGCACAAUUCACUCAGUCCGCUUCUCCCCCAACAACCGUUACCUGGCCAGUGGCGCCGACGAUAAGAUCAUCUGUGUUUACCACCUCGACAAAGGCCCCCCUGCCGCCACCUUCGGUACCAAUGAGCCGCCUCCCGUUGAGAAUUGGAAGACCUACAAGCGCCUAAUUGGCCACGACAACGACAUCCAGGAUCUCGCUUGGUCAUACGACUCCUCCCUCCUUGUCUCCGUUGGCCUCGACUCCAAGGUCGUUGUCUGGUCCGGCUACACUUUCGAGAAGCUCAAGACUCUCGCUGCGCACCAGAGUCAUGUCAAGGGCAUCACCUUCGACCCGGCGAACAAGUUCUUCGCCACGGCUAGCGAUGACCGAACCAUCAAGAUCUUCCGCUUCACCUCCCCAGCACCCAAUGCCACCCAGCACGACAUGGUCAAUAACUUCGUCCUCGAAACUACCAUCAGCUCCCCCUUCAAGAGCUCACCCCUUACCACUUACUUCCGCCGCUGCUCCUGGUCCCCCGACGGAAACCACAUCGCUGCCGCCAAUGCUGUCAACGGCCCCGUCAGCUCCGUCGCCAUCAUUGAACGAAGCAGGUGGGACAGCGAGAUCAACCUGAUUGGACACGAGGCACCCACCGAGGUCUGCAUGUUCUCUCCCCGACUCUUCCACACCGUGCAGCCAGACAAGGACGACCCCACGAACGGUAGUGGUGGACAGCUCGUUACUGUCAUUGCCUCGGCUGGUCAGGACAAGACACUGAGUAUUUGGAACACCAACACCUCCAGGCCGGUUGUCGUUCUCCAGGACUUGGCUGGCAAGUCAAUAUCUGAUUUGGCCUGGACCCCUGAUGGUCAGACCCUGUUUACCGCAAGUCUUGACGGAAGUAUUGUGGUCGUCAAGUUCGGAGAAGGAGAGCUAGGAUGGGUCGCGCAACCUGAAGAGAACGACAAGGCACUGCAAAAGUAUGGUGUGUCCCGAAAGGGAAUGGGUAUUGUUGAGGAUGUGGAUGGGUUGAUGCUGGAGAACCAGAGCAAAGAAGGCGAGUCAAGGGCCGUCGAGUCGAGGAUGGGCGCCCUCAUGGGUGAUUUUACAGCUGAGUCCACCAAGGAGUCCACGCCUGCUACCAAUGGCACCAAACCAAGCUCAACAACAGCUAAGCCUGCUACCAAUGGCCAAGCGGAGCCUGAGAAGAAGCCAGAAGAGGCCGCGGACAAGACUGCAGAACGCGUCAAGGAGCUCAAAUCCAGAGUCACAGUUGGCAAGGACGGUAAGAAGCGAGUUGCGCCCUUGUUGGUCUCGUCAUCUGGAACCGGUCAAUCGUCACUGCCUCAGACUCAGUUGGUCGGAUCGGCCACGACCAAGACAACCCAGAACGAAGCUCCACAAACCGUCCUUGACCUCACGAAGCCGUUUGACGGGCUUCCUAGGGGAGGCAUUGCUUCUAUGCUGCUCGGCAACAAGAGGCGAAUGGCCCCGGCCGAAGUCGAGGACGAGGAAGAGCCUACGGCAAAGCGAGUUUCCACUGGCCCGACGCCCGUCAUCACUAAUGGUGCAGACGGCGCGGAGCCUGCGGCCCUCGUGCCCGUUCAAAACGGCGUGGUGCCGACCCCCGAAUUCCUCAGACCGGCGGUCCUGAACCCGUCGAUUUCCUUCGCUCAGGUCAGGCUUGCUGUCCCCAAGAUUCGGUCACACAUCCUUCGACCGCUCGAACGCGGUAUCCUGCAAGAAGAGAGUUCGCUCGAAGAGGCGUCCAGGAUCUCCGAGAAUUUCAUUUUGGAAGCCAAAAACGACGUCAACCCGCGUGAUCCUUCUCAUGUUACCGUCACAAAGAGAGGCUCAUUAUUGUGGCAGGAAUUUCUGCCUCGAGCAAUCAUUUUGGUGACAGCAAACAAGAACUUCUGGGCAGUGGCGUGCGAGGACGGAUCUGUACACGUCUGGACACCCGCUGGAAGAAGGCUCCUCAACCCUAUGGUUCUGGAAGCACAGCCAGUCAUCCUCGAGUGCCGCGAGCAUUGGCUUCUUUGCAUCACCGCCAUGGGCUUGGCACACGUCUGGGAUCUCAAGACACAGUCCUCACCUCACCCGCCUGUCUCUCUUGGACCAAUCCUCGACGUCGUCACGACCUCGCUGAACCAGCACACGGCGACCCCGGGACCCGGUGUCACCUCUGCACAUCUCAACUCGACUGGGCACGUUGUCGUCACCCUCACCAAUGGUGAUGGCUACUACUACGCCCGAGAGAUGUACACCUGGCAGCGACUCAGUGAAGCCUGGUGGGCGGUCGGGUCCCAGUACUGGAACUCCAAUGACUCCUCUAUAUCUGCCUUGCAAUCCACCGCGGUGGGCCCGGUUUCCAAGGACGGCAAGGACAAGGACUCGACAAAGGUCACCGCUUCCUCUGGCAUCAUUCCUUUCUUGGAACGCCACACCACCAACGAGUUUCUGCUUAAGGGCCGGUCGUAUGGGUUGCAGCGUAUUAUCAAGAUGCUCGUUCAGCGUAAAGAAUCAGAGGGCCUGGAGAGCAGUAUUAGCAUCGCGCACUUGGAGAACAGGAUCGCAGGAGCCAUGCAGCUGGGGUCAACAGAAGAGUUCCGGUUGUAUCUCUUCAUGUAUGCGAAGCGACUGGGAGCCGAGGGAGCACGGGGAAAGGUUGAAGAACUGCUCAAUAGCCUCAUCGGCGGCAUUCUUGAAGAAAAGGAUGACAAGGUCAAAGACAACGGACGAGGCUGGUACAGCAAGGAAGGAGAGCUUUGUGGAUGGGACCGAAAGGAACUGCUCAAGGGUGUGGUGAUGAUUCUCGGAAAAUUCCGUGAGUUACAACGGUUGACACUGCAGUACGCGAGGGUUCUGGACCUGGACCUGGAGGACGGGUCGGUGGAUGCGGAGUCGAUGGACGUGGAGGCUUGAGGGUUGUGUCGCAAUCCGUGUAUCAGUACCAGUACAUGUUUGUGGAUGGGUAGACUGGGAUAGUCUGCCGACAGGAUAAGACCGGCGUUGGGGCAUAUUUCUUGGGCGAUGAUGGAGGUGGGGGAGACAGAACUCUUGGCUGUAUGCGGGUAUAGAAAACUGUAUGUUUCUGUAACAAUGAUGGUUCGUGAUGAU